AUGGGCGCCUAUCUCUAUGGGCGCCUAUCUCUAGGGGCCCCUAUUCAGAUAGGCGACGUGGACGUGGUCGUGGACGUGGACGUGGACGUGGUCGUGGACGUGGUCGUGGACGUGGUCGUGGACGUGGACGUGGACGUGGACGUGGACAUGGACCUGGACGUGGACCUGGACGUGGACCUGGACGUGGACGUGGACGUGGUCGUGGACGUGGGCGUGGACCUGGUCGUGGACGUGGACGUGGACGUGAACGUGGACGUGGUCAUGGACGUGGACGUGGACAUGGACGUGGACAUGGACGUGGACGUGGACGUGGUCGUGGACGUGAACGUGGAUGUGGAGGACGUGGACGUGGACAUGGAGGACGUGGACGUGGACGUGGAGGACGUGGACGUGGACGUGGUCGUGGACGUGGUCGUGGACGUGCACGUGGACGUGGACGUGGACGUGGACGAGGCCUUGGAGGAUGACGUGGAAGUGGACGUGGACGUGAACGUGGACGUGGACGUGGACCUGGACGUGGACGUGGAGGACGUGGACGUGGACGUGGAGGACGUGGACGUGGACGUGGUCGUGGACGUGUACGUGGACGUGGACGUGGACGUGGACGUGGAGGACGUGGACGUGGACGUGGUCGUGGACGUGGCCGUGGACGUGGCCGUGGACGCGGACGCGGACGCGGAGGUGGACGCGGACGCGGACGCGGAGGCGGACGCGGACGCGGACGUGGCCGUGGCCGUGGACGUGGCCGAGGACGUGGCCGUGGCCGUGGACGUGGACGUGGACGUGGCCGUGGCCGUGGACGUGGACGUGGCCGUGGACGUGGCCGUGGCCGUGGACGUGGACGUGGCCGUGGCCGUGGACGUGGCCGUGGCCGUGGCCGUGGACGUGGACUGGACGUGGACGUGGACGUGGACGUGGUGGACGUGGACGUGGACGUGGACGUGGACGUGGACGUGGACGUGGACGUGGACGUGUGGGUGGACGUGGACGUGGACUUGGACGUGGACAUGGACAUGGACAUGGGUGGACGUGGACGUGGACUUGGACGUGGACGUGGACGUGGACGUGGACGUGGACGUGGUCGUGGACGUGGUCGUGGUCGUGGACGUGGACGUGGUCGUGGACGUGGACGUGGACGUGGACGUGGACGUGGACGUGGACGUGGACGUGGACCUGGACGUGGACGUGGACGUGGACGUGGAGGUGGACGUGGAGGUGGACGUGGACGUGGACGUGGACGUGGACGUGGACGUGGCCGUGGCCGUGGACGUGGACGUGGACGUGGAGGACGUGGACGUGGACGUGGUCGUGGACGUGGAGGACGUGGACGUGGACGUGGAGGACGUGGACGUGGACGUGGAGGACGUGGACGUGGACGUGGAGGACGUGGACGUGGACGUGGUCGUGGACGUGGUCGUGGACGUGGACGUGGACGCGGACGUGGACGCGGACGGGGACGCGGAGGUUGACGCGGACGCGGACGCGAAGGUGGACGCGGACGCGGACGCGGAGGUGGACGCGGACGCGGACGCGGACGCGGACGCGGAGGUGGACGCGGCCGUGGCCGUGGACGUGGCCGUGGACGCGGACGCGGACGCGGAGGUGGACGCGGACGCGGACGCGGAGGCGGACGCGGACGCGGAGGUGGACGUGGCCGUGGCCGUGGACGUGGCCGUGGCCGAGGACGUGGCCGUGGCCGUGGACGUGGACGUGGCCGUGGCCGUGGACGUGGACGUGGCCGUGGACGUGGCCGUGGACGUGGGCGUGGCCGUGGACGUGGACGUGGCCGUGGCCGUGGACGUGGCCGUGGCCGUGGCCGUGGACGUGGACGUGGACGUGGACGUGGACGUGGUCGUGGACGUGGACGUGGACGUGGACCGAGUCACGUGGACGUGGACUGGACGUGGACGUGGACUGGACGUGGACGUGGACGUGGACGUGGACGUGGACGUGGACGUGGACGUGUACGUGGACGUGGACGUGGACGUGGACGUGGACGUAGACGUGGACGUGGACGUGGACGUGGACGUGGACGUGUACGUGGACGUGGACGUGGACGUGGACGUGGACGUGGACGUGUACGUGGACGUGGACGUGGACGUGGACGACGUGGACGUGGACGUGGACGUGGACGUGGACGUGGACGUGGACGUGGUCGUGGACGUGGACGUGGUCGUGGACGUGGACGUGGUCGUGGUUGUGGACGUGGACGUGGUCGUGGACGUGGACGUGGACGUGGUCGUGGACGUGGACGUGGACGUGGUCGAGGACGUGGACGUGGACGUGGUCGUGGACGUGGUCGUGGUCGUGGACGUGGUCGUGGUCGUGGACGUGGACGUGGACGUGGACGUGGACGUGGACGUGGAGGUGGACGUGGACGUGGACGUGGAGGUGGACGUGGACGUGGAGGUGGACGUGGACGUGGACGUGGACGUGGAGGUGGAGGUGGACGUGGACGUGGAGGUGGACGUGGAGGUGGACGUGGAGGUGGACGUGGACGUGGACGUGGACGUGGACGUGGACGUGGACGUGGACGUGGAGGUGGACGUGGAGGUGGAGGUGGACGUGGAGGUGGAGGUGGACGUGGAGGUGGAGGUGGAGGUGCACGUGGAGGUGGACGUGGAGGUGGACGUGGAGGUGGACGUGGACGUGGACGUGGACGUGGACGUGGACGUGGACGUGGACGUGGACGUGGACAUGGGACUUGGACGUGGACAUGGACGUGGACAUGGACGUGGACGUGGACGUGGACAUGGACGUGGACGCGUGGACGUGGACAUGGACGUGGACAUGGACGUGGACGUGGACGUGGACGUGGACGUGGACAUGGACGUGGACGUGGACGUGGACGUGGACGUGGACGUGGACGUAGACGUGGACAUGGACGUGGACGUGGACGUGGACGUGGACGUGGACUUGGACGUAGACGUGGACGUGGACGUGGACGUGGAGGACUUGGACGUGGACGUGGACGUGGACGUGGACGUGGACGUGGUCGUGGACGUGGACGUGGACAUCAACGUGGACGUGGACGUGGACGUGGACAUCAACGUGGACGUGGACGUGGACGUGGACGUGGACGUGGACGUGGACAUGGACGUGGACGUGGACGUGGACGUGGACGAGGACAUGGACGUGGACAUGGACGUGGACGUGGACGUGGACAUGGUCGUGGACGUGGACAUGGACGUGGACGUGGACGUGGACGUGGACGUGGACGUGGACGUGGAGGACGUGGUCGUGGACGUGAACGUGGACGUGGACAUGGUCGUUGACGUGGACGUGGACGUGGACGUGGACGUGGACGUGGACAUGGACGUGGACGUGGACGUGGACGUGGACAUGGACAUGGUCGUUGACGUUGACGUGGACGUGGACGUGGACGUGGACGUGGACGUGGACAUGGACGUGGACAUGGACGUGGACGUGGACGUGGACGUGGACAUGGACGUGGACGGGGACGUGGACAUGGACGUGGACGUGGACGUGGACGUGGACAUGGACGUGGAGGACUUGGACGUGGACAUGGACGUGGACAUGGACGUGGACGUGGACGUGGACGUGGACGUGGACGUGGACAUGGACGUGGACGUGGACGUGGACAUGGACGUGGUCGUGGACGUGGACGUGGUCGUGGACGUGGACGUGGACGUGGACGUGGACGACUUGGACGUGGACGUGGACGUGGACGUGGACGACGUGGACGUGGACAUGGACGUGGACGUGGACGUGGAGGACUUGGACGUGGACGUGGACGUGGACGUGGUCGUGGACAUGGACGUGGACGUGGUCGUGGACGUGGACGUGGACGUGGACAUGGACGUGGACAUGGACGUGGACGUGGACGUGGACGUGGACAUGGACGUGGACGGGGACGUGGACAUGGACGUGGACGUGGACGUGGACGUGGACAUGGACGUGGAGGACUUGGACGUGGACAUGGACGUGGACGUGGACGUGGACGUGGACGUGGACGUGGACAUGGACGUGGACGUGGACGUGGACAUGGACGUGGUCGUGGACGUGGACGUGGUCGUGGACGUGGACGUGGACGUGGACGUGGACGACUUGGACGUGGACGUGGACGACGUGGACGUGGACAUGGACGUGGACGUGGACGUGGAGGACUUGGACGUGGACGUGGACGUGGACGUGGUCGUGGACAUGGACGUGGACGUGGACAUGGACGUGGACGUGGACAUCGACGUGGACGUGGACGUGGACGUGAACGUGGACGUGGACAUGGACGUGGACGUGGACGUGGACGUGGACAUGGACGUGGACGUGGACAUGGACGUGGACAUGGUCGUGGACGUGGACAUGGACGUGGACGUGGACGUGGACGUGGACGUGGACAUGGUCGUGGACGUGGACAUGGACGUGGACGUGGACGUGGACGUGGACGUGGACGUGGAGGACGUGGUCGUGGACAUGGACGUGGACGUGGACGUGGAAUUGGAGGACGUGGUCGUGGAUGUGGACGUGGACGUGGUCGUGGACGUGGACGUGGACGUGGACGUGGACGUGGACGUGGACAUGGACGUGGACGUGGACGUGGACAUGGACGUGGACGUGGACGUGGACGUGGUCGUGGACGUGGACAUGGACGUGGAGAUGGACGUGGACGUGGACAUGGACGUGGACGUGGACAUGGACAUGGAAAUGGACGUGGACGUGGACGUGGAGGACUUGGACGUGGACAUGGACGUGGACGUGGACGUGGACGUGGACGUGGACGUGGACGUGGUCGUGGACGUGGACGUGGACAUGGACAUGGACGUGGACAUGGACGUGGACGUGGACGUGGACGUGGACGUGGACGUGGUCGUGGACGUGGACGUGGACAGGGACGUGGACGUGGACGUGGACGUGGUCGUGGACGUGGACGUGGACGUGGACAUGGACGUGGAGGUGGACGCGGACGUGGACGUGGUCGUGGACGUGGACGUGGACGUGGACGUGGACAUGGACAUGGACGCGGACGUGGACGUGGACGUGGACAUGGAUAUGGACAUGGACAUGGACAUGGACAUGAACGUGGACGUGGACGUGGACAUGGACAUGGACGUGGACAUGGACGUGGACGUGGACAUGGACAUGGACAUGGACGUGGACGUGGACGUGGACAUGGACAUGAACGUGGACGUGGACGUGGACGUGGACAUGGACAUGGACGAGGACGUGGACGUGGACGUGGACGUAGACGUGGACGUAGACGUGGACGUGGACGUGGACAUGGACGUGGACGUGGACGUGGACGUGGACAUGGACGUGGACGUGGACAUGGACGUGGACGUGGACGUGGACGUGGACAUGGACGUGGACGUGGACGUGGUCGACUUGGACAUGGACGUGGACGUGGACGUGGUCGACUUGGACGUGGACAUGGACGUGGACGUGGACGUGGACGUGGACGUGGACGUGGACGUGGACGUGGACGUAAACGUGGACAUGGUCGUGGACGUGGACGUGGACGUGGACAUGGACGUGGACGUGGACAUGGACAUGGACGUGGACGUGGACGUGGACGUGGAGGAAUGGACGUGGACGUGGACGUGGACGUGGACGUGGGACGUGGACGUGGACGUGGACAUGGACGUGGACGUGGACAUGGACAUGGACAUGGACGUGGACGUGGACAUGGACAUGGACGUGGACGUGGACGUGGACGUGAACGUGGACGUGGACAUGGUCGUUGACGUGGACGUGGACGUGGACAUGGUGUGUUCAACCCACCGUGUGUUCAACCCACCGUAUGUUCAACCCACCGUGUGUUCAACCUAUCGUGUGUUCAACCCACCGUGUGUUCCACCCACUGUGUGA